AUGGCGUCUUGGUUAUCUCAAAUCACAAGUACUGUCACAAACAUUGCUGGCCUCACCGAGGAGGGAUCUGUAAAGACACCAGGUGAUACAGCUAAAGAUGGCCAAUACUAUAGCGAAUUGGUAGAAAAGGAUUACGAGUGGGCUUGUGCCUCUGGGUCGGCAACAGAGAACCAAAUCUUUUACAUGACAACCAAGACUGGUGGUUUUAUCUUUGUUCAACUCAUUUACUCUGCCAUUGGUCUCUGGAAACCCACUGUAUCGUUCACUUGUCGUUUCUAUGACCCCACUUCAAGCACAAACAAGUUUAAAAACUUUAAUCAAGCAUCUGAAUUCACACUGUCCGAGGAUCGCCGCUCUGUAAAGACAGAAUUCUUCAACAUUACACUGGAUCCUACCUUGUCCAAGUUCAAGGUCUCCAUCACUCAUCCAGACUUGAUUGCCGAUUUGGAUUAUGCACGUAUUGAUAAGGGCUUCAAAGUAGGAGAAGGUAAAACUUAUUUGGGCGGCAACGAUCAAUCAUCUGCUGCUGGUAUCGUAUCACACAAGUUUUGGCCCCGUUGCUCUGGCAAAGGUACCAUCAUUAUCGAAAAGCAAUUCUAUGAGGUGGAUGCCCAUGGCAUGUUUAUCCACGCUAUCCAAGGUAUGCAGCCUCAAUUGAUUGCUUCUAAAUGGAAUUUCGUGGAUUUCCAGGCUCAGGAUGCCGCACUUUCCAUGAUGCAAUUCACUACAACAAAGCAAUACGGUGGUGUUGAAGUCAACCAAGGCUCUAUCGUUCUCCACGAUAAACUGAUUAGUGUUUGCGUUGAAAACAAUGUUGAAAUGAUGGAUCUCAAAAAGGACGAUGAAACUGGGUAUGAUAUUCCUCAACGUGUCAAGUUAACAUGGAAGGGAAAGACUCUAAAGGAGAACGAGACGGAUGAGGUCAAGGAUGUCUCUGUUGUCAUGAUUGUCGAUUUGAAAAACUUGAUUGAUAAAAUUGAUAUUCUGUCUGAAAUCCCCUGGUUCCUCAAAAAGCUCGUUCAAACAUUUGUCGUAAAGCCCUUCAUCUAUCAAUGGAUUGACGAUGCUACUGCUGAGAUUAUUGUUGGGGACGAGAAAUUCGAAUGCCCUGGCAGAUGCUAUCAAGAACUCGUCUUUGUCUCAGCCUUUUAG